CAAAAAGAAGUUGAAGAAGUGUUUACUUCUAAUUCUAAAAUUUCCUCUUAUAACUUUGUAUUCAAUUCACUAUUCUUUACACUAUUUUGCUGACUGCAACUGUAAUGAAGAAGAAUACAUAAUACGAAAAAUUAAACAUCAAUUGAAUUUUUUGUGUGAAGAUGGGUGUCCGUGGACUAGCUACAUUUAUUUCCAGUGAUUCUUCUCUGUACCUGCAAUCUCAUCGUCUACACGAUUGCACUCUUAUUGUGGACGGCAAUAGCCUCGCUUCGCAACUUUAUGUUCACUUUUCCAAGAGCAACCCAGCCUACGGAGGAGAUUACGAUCGCUACUAUCGCUGCAUUAAGAAUUUCUUCGACUGUCUUGCUAAAUGCAAAGUUCAACCUUUGGUUGUGUUUGACGGAGGAUACGAGAAAAGGAAACUGCCUACGAUGUGGGAAAGGCUUAAGGGCAAAAUUUAUGCCUGUAGCAAAGUUAAUCCUGUCAACCAGACAAGGAAGAAUGUCUUCCCAUUACUCAUGAGAGAAACCUUUAGAGAAAUUUUGGCUGAACUCGGAGUUUCCUUUGCUCAGUGUGAUUUUGAGGCUGAUGAGGAGAUUGCUUCUUUGGCUAGAGAACUUUGCUGCCCUGUUUUAAGUUUGGACUCUGACUUUUUUGUGUUGGACGUGAUGUACCUGCCAUUUGACCACUUUCAACACACAACCACAGAUGGCAAGAUUGAUGGUCAUCCAGCUACGUUCGUAUACUGUGAAAUGUAUACUUUGCAGAGAUUCCUCGACACUUUUGGAGGACUGCAGCAGGAGAUGUUACCUCUGAUGGCUACCCUAUUGGGCAAUGACUAUGUCAAAAGAAAACUUUUUGACCCUUUCUUCGAUCAAAUCAAAAAACCCAGCAGCAAGAAACUCUCCUAUCAGCAAAAGAAAAUUGCUGGACUCAUCCAGUGGCUCCGUCGAGAGACUAUGGAGAGCGCCAUCUCAAAGGUUCUACAUUUCAUUAGAAUAGAUAAAAGAGAUCACACAAGAAGUGCAAUCGAGCGGGCUGUGAAAGCAUACCAAGUUUCCUCGUCUGCCAUGAAACAGUAUUUGGACCUAAGCAAUUUAAGGACCACAUCUCUGAAUGGAAGCCAAGGCCCUGAUGCGCAGGCAACAUUGUAUGAAACAUGCGCAGAGGAGAUCGCUAAGGAAGCAGACAUCGGAGACACACCAGAAAAUGAUUGUGAGGGUUCUGAGGAAAGUGACGAUGAGACACCUGACGACGAAACCUUUGAGGAAAGUCAACUAAGACUAGGAAAAAUACCAGAAUUUGUUGUUGAAACGUUCAGGCAUGCAAGAAUGCCUUCAACGUUCAUGGAUCUUUACACAUUUCAAAUCUACAUCAUGCAACCACAGAAAGAAGACUUUUCUGAGCGAGAAAGUGCUAGUGCCAUCAGCUUACCCAUUAUUCGAUCAAUUGUGGCUACACUUCUUGGUCCUGAAAGGGCACUGGAAGUUCAACUUGUGACAAGACGAUUCACUUCUCCUGUCAAGGAACUUCUGUUCAAGGACGGUCUCACUUGUUCACCAGAGGCUGUGGUGCAAUUAGAAUCCAUUCCUUCCAUGUCAGUGCAAGAGAAAGAAAAUUUCAUUUUAAAAAUUGCAAGAGUGGACGUCAAUUUGAAAAUAUUACCAAAAGAGUGGCGCCUCUUUUUCUUGGCUUUGAUAUUCUGGGCAACUCAAACCAAUUUCCCUGUCACCGACAGAAUGGUGCACUCGGUCGUCCUUGGUGUCAUCCUACAGGCGGUCGUCCUUCCACUUAAGAAAGGAGAUGCAGCAGUGCAGCAGCUGGCGCAGUCCACUCAAUCUUUGCAGGGACUGCCUAAUUUUAGGGAAACGUUAGAAAAUGUGGAGACGUCUGAGUGCAAAUCAGCAUUCGCUGAUAUAUAUGCCCCUAACUCAUUUUCUAAGAACUCCAAAGUCAGAACUGGUUAUGAUGUUGGAGUAGUCCACAGUUUAGCACAGCUGCAGAGUGUCGUUUUGGCCUUGAACCAACUAAAUCAACUUUUGCUCAUGCCCUUUGCACCAACUCCAAUGCAUAGAUUGUAUUCAGGCACUUUGAUGUACAACAUAGGGAACAGUUUGCAGUCCAGACAAGAUCCUUUGGCCUACGUAAAGUCAUCGCUCUCUUCAAGUCCUUCCGUCUUUGCCUUACACGAGAGCCUUGUUGGUUAUAUUCUUUCAUUGGCCCCUGAUACAAAAAAAAUGCUGUCUAAGAAGAAAAAGCAUCGUGUUCGAAAACCUGUUCUUGAUAGAUCUCAAGAUUUGGACAAUCCUGAAGUCGUGACAGAUGAUGUUGAUGGACCGAUGGACACUUUUGAUGCAAAUAACCGAUUUGCUCUAUUAGGUGUAAAUUUUUCAGAAGACUUGUGAUCCAAAUAAAAUACACCAAGGCUGUUUAUAAAUUUCAAAUAUUUAUUUAGCA